CGGGGAGGCUCCGGCGCCUGCUAUACGGCGGCGGGGCUCUAGGUGUCCUGCCUGGGAGGGUCCCUGCUGCAUUGCAGCCUCCGCGCCGCUCCGUCUCUGGCGCACACAAUGGCGACUCCCAGCCCCAGCAGCGGCUCCGGCUCGGGCGGAGGGAGCGGGCCGGGCCCGGGCGGGCCGCCGGCGCACGCGGCCGUCAGCAGCAUGCAGGGCUUUCAGAUAAACUUCUGUGAAAAGGCACAAAGUAAACGCAAAGCGCUGAAGUUAAAUUUUGCAAAUCCACCUUUCAAGUCUACAGCAAGAUUUACUCUAAACACUUCAGGAGUUCCUUUCCAAAAUCCACACAUAGAGAGACUGAGAACACACAGCAUUGAAUCAUCAGGAAAAUUGAAGAUUUCCCCUGAACAGCAUUGGGAUUUUACAGCAGAGGACUUGAAAGACCUUGGAGAAAUUGGACGAGGCGCUUAUGGUUCUGUCAACAAAAUGGUCCACAAACCAAGUGGGCAAAUUAUGGCAGUUAAAAGAAUUCGGUCGACAGUGGAUGAAAAAGAACAGAAGCAGCUUCUGAUGGACCUUGAUGUAGUAAUGCGAAGCAGUGACUGCCCAUAUAUUGUUCAGUUUUAUGGUGCACUCUUCAGAGAGGGUGACUGUUGGAUCUGUAUGGAGCUCAUGUCUACCUCGUUUGAUAAGUUUUACAAAUAUGUAUAUAGUGUAUUAGAUGAUGUUAUUCCAGAAGAAAUCCUAGGCAAAAUCACUUUAGCUACUGUGAAAGCACUAAACCACUUAAAAGAAAACUUGAAAAUCAUUCACAGAGAUAUCAAACCUUCCAAUAUUCUUCUGGACAGAAAUGGAAAUAUUAAACUCUGUGACUUCGGCAUUAGUGGACAGCUUGUGGACUCCAUUGCCAAAACACGAGAUGCAGGGUGCCGGCCGUACAUGGCGCCGGAAAGGAUAGAUCCCAGCGCAUCCCGGCAAGGCUAUGAUGUCCGCUCAGAUGUCUGGAGCUUGGGGAUUACAUUGUAUGAGCUGGCCACAGGGCGAUUCCCGUACCCCAAGUGGAACAGUGUGUUUGACCAGUUGACGCAAGUAGUAAAAGGAGACCCACCACAGCUGAGUAACUCAGAGGAAAGGGAAUUCUCCCCAAGUUUCAUCAACUUUGUCAACUUGUGCCUUACAAAGGACGAGUCCAAAAGGCCAAAGUACAAAGAGCUUCUGAAACAUCCCUUCAUUCUGAUGUAUGAGGAACGCACAGUGGAUGUUGCAUGCUAUGUUUGUAAAAUCCUGGAUCAAAUGCCAGCAACUCCCAGCUCUCCAAUGUAUGUCGAUUGAUAUUGCUGCUACGUCAAACUCUAGAAAAAGGGCUGAGAGAAAACAAGCUGUAAAGAAUUUUCAUCACAUAUUGCAGUGUUUUUAAUGCUCGCCCAGACACCAUGUGCAAUAAUAUUGGUGUUAUUUCCAUCCUGUCUGUAUACUGUUGUCACAUAUAAAGUGCAUCCCUGUAAUACCUGAUCACACAGUGUUAGUGUUGGUCAAAGAGAGACCUCAUCUGCUCUUUUGUGGACAUAUUCAUGAAAUGUGGAAAUAAGUACAUUUAUUUGUUGACCGUGAUUGGAUAGCACCUAAAAUUCAUUUCUAGACUCAAAACUUGGAGACUCCUCAGCAGCUACUGGAAAGAUUUUUCUCUCAAAUUCUUCCAAUUGUUGUUUCAAGUAAUAAUAAAAAGCAAACAAACAAAAGUUAGGCGUUGUCUGUCUGAACAUUAAGAGACUUUGCCUGGAGGGAGAAGAACUUGCUUAACCAACGAGAUGCUUUGCCUUCUGGAGCUAGAAAGGCAAAGGAGAAUUUUAUUCUUCACAAAGUGCAAUAGAUUUACCGCUAUGAAAUUCUGUUGCUUUACAGUCGCAGCGUACUUUCUGGGGACAGUGUGCUCAGCUGAACUUCCUGUUAAAAGAGAGAUCAUGUUAAAUAUAGUGAAUAUGUCUUUACCAAAAAUAUGUUGCAUUGAAAGAGGCUAACAUUAAACUAUUCAGAGAUGGGACAUAAUGUAUUCUUUCUCCUUUUACCAAGCCAGCCACUCUUCACUCUUAACUAGGCGUCCUGUAAAUUGUUACCUGGUAAGAUAAGACCUUUGAUCUGAAGAAUUAUUAAACUACUCGAUUGAAUUUAACCCGCUUGUGACCUGAUUUAUAGCUGCACAGCGCUCACCACCAGCUGGCUUUGCUUUGACUUCAACAAGUGCCGUUCACAAAGUCUGUGCCUGUUUUAAUGAGCCAGAAAUGAACGUCUGCGAUUUCCAGUCAAUGUUUCUCAUGCUCUUCACUGUCCCCAGCUCUGCUGCUAGCUCCAUUUCCCUGCCCACAGCCCAGCCAGCAGCACUGCCACUUCCCAGCCCCGUGUGUCCCUAACACGGCCAGACCUCAGCCGUUCCUUCUCAUCACUGUGCAGGACAGCUCUCCUCCCACCCUGAGUCUGUGCCCAUUGUGCUGUUGCAAAUACGAUGCUCUGCUUGGUUGGAAGCCUUGUUUGCCUUUUGAGUGUAUGUAACCUCUUGUUACCCUGGGAAGCUCAUGUUGUUUUACAUAGUUAAGUGAACCUUGCUGAGAACCUUACAAAGUAGCAGAGAUGAGGGAAUAUCAAACACCUGGGUUUUCAGUUGACCCAACAAGACCGGGCGAGGUGUUGGACUGGCACUGCCCAGAGCUGUGGGUGCUCCACAGGUGGGACCCGUGCAGCCUGAGCUGGGGGGCAGCCAGCCUG